AUGACCAGGGCCAUAAGAUUCCCCGCUUGUGGCUCGGCGCUCCCGGUCGCCUUGGCCUUGCUCUUCGUGCUGGCCCUCUCGGCGUGCGGCCAGGAUGCAUCGAGCGCCAGCAGCAAUGCAUCCAGCGCUCCACCCCCAGAUAGGCCCCCCAGCCCCUCGGUGAGCGUCACCACCAGACCGGCCCCGGGUAGGCCCACGCCCAAGCGGCGACUGUGUGCGCCGUACUGCGAGUCCAGGCUCGAUGGGGGCCUGCCCUACGAGGUGGCUACCGCCGCGACGGACGCGGAGUGCUGCGAUGCGUGCUCCGCGGAUGCCAUGUGCGGCUCAUGGGUCAGAGACAAGCGGACGGCCUUGUGCGCGCUGAAGAACGAGACCUUCUCGAUGGAGAGGCUGAUGGCGGAUGCGAAUUUCACUGCCGGGGAAUCGUCCGACGUGGUGGUCGGGCCGGACGAUUUGGAAUUCUGCCCCGGGGACGGGACGUGCGUGAGCUGUCUUUUUCUGGCCAGGGUAAUUGGCGGGGGUGUGGAUGAUGACGGUGGCGGCGGGCAGACAUCUGCCUGCUCGUCGUCUGGCGGCAGGGUGUUCAGGGGGGCCACCAUCAACGGCGGGGGGCAGCGGACGCGCAACGCCCAAGCGUGCUGCGACCUGUGCCAGAGAAGGGACGGGGCGUGCUUCCUGUGGUCAUGGCGCAGGAGCGACAGGCGGUGCUUUCUGAGGAGUAGGUGGGGGGGCGUGGCGAACAACGGCAAUUUCGUGAGCGGGUCGCUGCUCUGA